AUGGCAGAUGCUCAUUCUCUCUGCCUCAACUUCACCCUCAAAUCUCAGGCCAGACCUGAACACCCUUGGUAUGAAGUGCAGGGCUCAGUGGAUAAAAAGCCUUUCCUUCAGUAUGACAGUGAUAGCAGCAAGGUCAGACCUUUGGGUCUCCUGGGGAAGAAGGUAAAUGCCACCAAAGCAUGGACAGAAUUGACCCAGAUGGUGGCAGAUGUGGGGCAAGAGCUCAGGAUGAUCCUGCCUGACAUCAGACUGGAGAACAACAUGACCAAGGGUCCCACCUCUGAGACACGCUGGACCUACUGGGAGAUCAGGGAGCUCAAAGAGUCCAAGCCAAUGACUCACUUCAAUAUCAGCAGACAAAUGACCCUCUUCUUUGAUGCAAUGAAAAUAAGCUGAACAGUCGUGAAUCCUGGAGCCAGAGGUAUCAAGGAGGAGUGGGAGAGUAAGGGAAUGGCAGAUUAUUUCAGGAGGAUCUCAAUGGGAGACUGCAAUCAAUGGCUUCAGGAAUUCUUAGAACAUUGGGAGAAAAUGCUGGAGCCUAAAUGA